GACCAGCUACACAGAGCACAGCCUCCAGCCAUACAGAUGUUCGUGCAGCAGCCUGGCGGAGCGUUGAAUGUCCAGCUGCCUCAGGUGGGGGUGGUGCCACAGGGAGCAGUUCUGACCAAUCAGGUGCAGCAGACUGUCCUAAACCCCGCCCAUACAGGAAGUCAGCUCACCAUUCAGCAGCAGCAGACGCCUCCCCCUCAACAGAACCUCCAACUGCAGCAAAACAACUCUCUCGCUCAGGUAUUCAGCCAAGCAGUGGUCCAGCGUCAACAGCAGCAGCAGCAGCAGCAACAACAGCCUGUCUAUAACAUGAUCAUGUCCCAGCCCGGCCAGCCCAACCUACUACAGAUCAGUACCAGUCUACCACAGAACAACACACAACAGGCUGUAGCCACCUUCACACAAGACAACACUCAGAUACAGUUCCCGGCGGGCCAGCAGUUGGUGACUAAGUUAGUGACAGCUCCCAUGGCAUGUGGAACGGUUAUGUGCCGACCUUCUGUGUUCAUGGGACAACGGUCAUCGCUUACAACCCCUUCGGAGGGCAGCAGGGUGGUCAGACUCUGACCCUCCAGGCAGCCCAGCCCCAACAGACCCAGCCUGACAGCCAGACACAGACGGCUGUAGUGGCACAGAGUAACCAACAGGGGGCGCAGCAGUUUUUGUACAGGUAACCUCUAGUUUCAACAGCACAGUUCUAACAGGUAACUCUAGUUUCAACAGGUAACCUCUAGUUUCAACAGGUAACCUCUAGUUUCAACAGGUAACCUCUAGUUUCAACAG